UGUGCAGUAAUGGCUGCUACACGGUCACAACAGUUGAAUAACUUGAAUAGCAAAUUGAACGGCGCAAGGCCCGGUGAUUCGGAAGUGCAGAUGUCAGAUUCCGGUAGCAAACGAGGCGGUUGGAUCACCUUCCCCUUCAUCAUAGCAACUAUGGCAGGCUUGACACUAGCCGUUGGUGGUGCGAUGGCGAAUCUUAUUGUUUAUCUUAUUGGGAAAUUCAACGUGAAGAGCAUUGAUGCUGCUCAAAUUGGUAACGUGGUUAACGGUUGCAGUAGUCUAUUUCCGGUCAUCGGCGCCAUUAUUGCCGACUCUUUUCUAGGCUGUUACUCUGUCAUCUCCAUUUCUUCAUUCAUCUCUUUGCUGGGCAUGGUCCUAUUCCUCCUAACCGCCACAGUCGAUUCCUUGAGACCUUCACCAUGUGGAAAUGGAUCAAUCUUGUGCAAAAUUCCAUCGAAAAUCCAAUUCGGAGUCCUAUAUGCAGGUAUAACACUCAUAUCAAUUGGUGUCGGGGGCACACGCUUCACUAUAGCAACGAUGGGAGCCAACCAAUUUGAUGAUCCCAAGCAUCAUGGGAUCUUCUUUAAUUGGUUCUUCUUCACCAUGUACACCUCUUCAGUUGUAAGUGCAACAGCUAUUGUCUACGUUGAGGACAAUGUGAGUUGGGCAAUGGGGUUUGGCCUGUGUGUGGCGGCUAAUGUAAUUGGCUUAGUCAUUUUCCUCCUGGGAAGCCGCUAUUAUCGUCACGUUAAGCCACAAGGGAGCCCUUUCUUGGAUUUAGCUCAGGUUUUUGUUGCCGCCAUUAGAAAGAGGAAGGUCUUGCUUUCUUCCAGAAGUGAGGAUUAUUACAAUGAGCAUGAUGGGGUGACCAGCAUGAUGCUAACGGAACCAACUAAAAGCUUCAAGUUCAUAAAUCGCGCAGCACUGAAAACAGAAAAGGACAUACAAUUAGAUGGCAAAAUCACAAGAUCAUGGAGGCUAUGCACUGUCCAACAAGUAGAAGAUCUAAAGACUAUAAUCAGAAUUUUCCCACUGUGGUCCACUGGUAUUUUAUUAAGCACCACAAUAGGGAUCCAAUCUAGCUUAGUGGUCCUCCAAACUCUAAGCAUGGACCGUCACAUUGGGCCUCAUUUCAAAAUCCCAGCUGGGUCCAUCCUAGUCACUGCAUUCAUCUCCACCUCCAUCUCUCUCGCCCUCAUCGACCGAUUCCUAUGCCCUACGUGGCAAAAGCUAACUCGUCAAUCUCCGACGCCACUCCAACGUCUUGGGCUCGGCCACGUGUUAAAUGUACUUACCAUGGCUGUGUCAGCCCUAGUAGAGUCCAAGCGGCUUGAUAUAGUCCGAGCGAACCAAGUCCAGGACCAGCCUGGUUAUACUGUGCCAAUGCUGGCCUUGUGGCUCCUUCCACAACUGGUUAUUGUUGGCAUUGGCGAAGCACUUCAUUUUCCGGGACAAGUUGCAUUAUACUAUCAGGAAUUUCCAGCGUCAUUAAGAAGCAUGGCAACUGCGAUGAUCGCGAUGAUUAUAGGAAUAGGUUUCUAUUUAAGCACGGCCGUGAUUGAUUUGUUUCGGAAAGUAACUGGUUGGUUACCUGAUAAUAUAAAUAAUGGGAGACUAGAUAAUAUGUAUUGGAUGUUGGCUGUGGUUGGGGUAUUAAACUUCGGUUAUUAUUUAGUAUGUGCAAGGUUGUACAAGUAUAGAAGUGUUGAAAAGGUUGAGGAUGAUGAUUCUAGCUCUUACAAGUGAUGUUGAUAAUAAAAAGCAAAGGGCUUUGAUGUUUCUACCUA